AUGAUUAAUGAUGAUAAAAUCUAAAGAAUUUUACAAAUGAAUGACUUCUAACGUUCCUCAGACAUACGUAAAAUCUCACAAUCUCAAAUAACAGAAAAUACAAAUAAAAGUUAUUCUAUCACUAUUACUAAUCAAUCUAAACCUAAAAGAAGAAAAGUUAUUAAAUUAAAGAAUCAUCUAUUAUAAUCAAAUGUAAGUCCUGAUAUUUAAAAAUUAUAUUAUUAAACAAAAAAGAAUGAAGAAUCUAAUUUAAAUAAUGAAUAAUAAAACAAAUCCAUUAAUUUACCUUCAAUAUCUGAUUAAUCAUCUAAAACUAAUUUGAAUGAUUUAUUAUCAAUUGUCUUAGAAAUAUUCCCUCCUGAUCAUUAAUUAUGGACAGAUCUCUAAAUUAAAGAUUAAAAUCUAGAAGAAAUUAUCAUACAAAACUAAAAUUAUUUUUCUGAUCUUAUAAGUAAUUUAAAUCCAACUUAUUUAUAGUCCUUUACAUUUAAGAAAUGGAAAUUCGUUAACUUAAAGAAAAGAAACAAGGAUAAAAAGGCAAAUACACAACAUAAUAUAAUGAAGAUUAUAGCGAUAAAAUUAAUAAAGAUAAUAUAUCAAUAAAUAGAUGGAUUUAUGAUAGAAUCAAAUAAUCAGAUAUAUUUCUAUAAAACAUUAGUACUUACAAUGUAAAAUCUAUAGAAUUUAUUAACAGCAACAUUAUAUUCCAAAACGUCAUGAUAAAAUUUCCAAUUUCAAACCUGAUCAUAAACCAAAUUUAAAUGAAAUUUCUUGUCUAUCAUCCUAUGCUGUCAAUUAUAGAGAUUGGAAGAAAUAAUAUCAUGGUUUAAUUGGACCAAUCAAUGUUUCUACUGAAAAGAAAUUACCUUUUAUUGCUGAAACUAAUUACACCAAAAAUUACAUUACUUAAAAAUAUGAAAAAUAAGAUCCCAUCAUUCCUAAAUAAUUGUAAUAUUAAUCUUAUUAAUUCUAGAGGACCAUUUCCAACUGAACCUAAAACUUUGAUUCGAGAUACCACUCAUAAAUCUUAAUUCUGUCUACCUCAAUAAGAUAAUUCAUAAUCUUAACAAUUUUUUCAUAGUCAAAGAACUAAUCAUAUUAAAAGUUUUGAUGGAUAUUAACCACAUUAUAAUAAAUAAUCUACUGUUUCUAAUCAAGAUCCUGGCUUUGCUGAUCGUUUCUAUUAAUCCUAAAUUGUUUAACAAUUAAUCAAGAACAAAUAGCUAUUCAAAAAAAACUGA